AUGUUUAGUCGCAACAGUCCUUUUGGUGUUGGCUCUCGUCCCUCUCGAGGAGAUGGCUAUUCACACCCCGAACAGGGCCCACCUGGUGCUGGCGGAUAUGGAGCUCCUCCACGGCCCGGUCAACCACAGCACUCUCCGCGGGCUCCUACGGGAUCAGGGAAAGCAUGGACGCUACGGCCCGCGAAGAGUCCGGAUAAUACCUACACAUUCGGGAACUUGGUGGCAGUUUCAACGCAGGAUUUCCCUCCUUCCCGCGACGGACUCGAUAUUUUGCUCCUCAUAAACGACCUCUAUGUCUUCUCCGCACGCCCGCUUAAUGGAUUUCCGCCCGGACAUAUCAGCAUGUCUGAUCCGCAAAGGACGUGGGCUGGCGUUGCUUUCACCGACUCGGUCAAGGCUCAAAUAUAUGAUCCGUUUAGCCAGGGCGGACAAGCAUACUUAGGAUCUACAGAUAUCGAAGUAGGGUUUGCUGGAAAAAAGAGGGUGGAAACCCCAUACGAUCAAGAUGAGCUAGGUGCGGCUGUAAUCAAGAACUUUGAGAACCAAAUACUUUCGCCCGGUCAGAAAAUCUUGAUGGAUCACAGAAGCAUUCCUCUCCUUUUGACCGUCAAGACCGUACAGAGAGUCGAUUUGAGCUCCGAGAAGGGCGACUCUGCUGGGGGACACGUAGAGACGGACCCCAGGGCAAGAGGCAUUCUUACAAGACAUUCGCAGAUCACAUUUUUCAAGGAUGCCCGGACCGGUAUCAACGUAAAGCCAUCGAAUCGUCGCCCAGCGGCCAACUCUAUCAUUCAGCCUGAUUUCAAGUUCGAGGAUAUGGGGAUCGGCGGUCUUGAUGCGGAAUUCAGCACGAUCUUCCGCCGUGCGUUCGCGUCUCGUAUCUUUCCUCCCGGCCUUGUUGAGAAGCUGGGCAUCCAGCACGUAAAGGGUCUCCUGUUGUACGGUCCACCAGGAACGGGAAAAACAUUGAUCGCUCGGCAAAUAGGGAAGAUGCUGAAUGCUCGGGAGCCGAAGAUCAUCAACGGCCCAGAAGUCCUGAAUAAGUACGUCGGUCAAUCGGAAGAGAACAUUCGGAAGCUGUUUGCGGACGCAGAGAAGGAGUACAGGGAGAAGGGCGAUGAAAGUGGGCUGCACAUUAUUAUAUUUGACGAACUGGAUGCUGUAUGUAAACAGCGUGGCAGUGGUGCAGGUGGUGGUACGGGCGUGGGAGACAGCGUGGUGAACCAACUGCUAUCGAAGCUUGAUGGUGUGGACCAGCUCAAUAAUAUCCUGCUCAUUGGAAUGACGAACCGAAAGGAUAUGAUUGAUGAAGCAUUGCUGCGACCAGGGCGUCUGGAAGUCCACAUGGAGAUCUCUCUUCCUGACGAGCACGGCCGAAGCCAGAUCCUGAAAAUCCAUACUCAAAAGAUGAGGGAUAACAAUGUGAUGGAUGGCGACGUCAAUCUGAGUGAGCUGGCUCUCAUGACCAAGAACUUCUCCGGUGCCGAAAUUGCAGGUCUUGUCAAGUCCGCAUCCUCUUUUGCUUUCACCCGACACGUCAAAGUUGGGACGAUGGCGAGCAUUUCCGACGACGUUGUGAAUAUGAAAGUUAACCGGUCCGACUUCCACCAUGCACUCGAUGAAGUCCAACCCGCGUUUGGUGUGUCGGAAGAAGAGCUUUCCAGCCGUAUCCAGUACGGGGUUAUCCACUACUCCUCGCGUAUCAAUGAAAUCUUACGGGAAGGAGAGCUUUUUGUGAAGCAAGUUGGCGACUCAACACCUCUAUUCUCUGUGUUACUGCACGGUCCCACAGCCAGUGGAAAGACAGCGCUGGCAGCUCGGAUUGCUAUUGACUCCGGCUUCCCUUUUAUUAAGCUGAUUAGCCCUGAGGAUAUGGUUGGCUACGGCGAGAUGGCCAAGGUUCAACAUAUCAGCAAGAUCUUCGACGAUGCGUACAAGAGUCGUACGAGUGUCGUCGUGGUUGAUAACAUUGAGAGAAUUAUCGAUUGGGUUCCUAUUGGUCCUCGAUUCAGCAACACUGUCCUGCAGACCUUGAUGGUCUUCCUACGGAAACAGCCAACCAAAGGACGACGGCUUUUGGUUCUGGCAACCACGACAGAAAGAGCCGUGUUGAAACAGCUAGACGUUUAUAGCUCAUUCAACUCCGACAUUAUGGUGCCAAACGUGAUGACCUAUGACGAGCUGAGGCACAUUAUGCAACAAUCGAAGGUAUUUGAUGAUCAGGAGAUUAGCCACGCAUUGGAAGCAGUUGGUGGCAUCACGGAGGAGAAGACUAUCGGCGUUGGCGUGAAGAAAGUACUUCUUGGAAUCGAAACGGCCAAACAAGACGCCGAUAAGGUCGGGCGUUUUGUGCGUGUCAUCAACAGGGCUAUUGAGGAGGAGCGGUCGUUUUCGUGA